AUGCUGGAGCCAAGCUCGUCGCCGGUCCACAACAAGAAUGACCUUCCCACACAACCAACAACGCAACCAACGAUACAAAAUCACAACACUAGCAACAUAACGAUUACCAACCCCCAUCAGAAGCCACCUUGUGAAGAAAUGAAAACAGGUGUCGCCAAUGAUGAUGUUGAUUGGUUAUUUCGUGGAAAAUCAAAAAAGAUUGUCAAGAAAUUGGCAUCCAGUAAUGAACAGAAGGAUGCAAAGGCUCAAGAGGACAAUAACAAAAAUAAAGAUACAUCACAAAAUGAAACUACAUCGGAGGGGAAGAAGUCACAAGAGAAUGCACUUGCACAUUCUGGAAAUGACACAACUCAAUCGCCUCCACUGCAACAAAGAAGACGCUCGAGUGAGAGGGCUCAAGAAGCAGCUCCAUCUAGUCCACAAGCACACAAGUCGGGAUCCAAUGAGACAACUACAGCAUCUACCACACCUACAACACCCGCUGCGCCAACCCCACCUGCUACUCCCACUAGCUCCCAAACCGAAAAAUCGUCAAAACUAGAUAGGUUGAUUGGACGUUCUCGAUCUUCUUCUGCAUCUUCUGUGCAACAGUCAAAAACACAGCAACCUCCGGUACCAGCAUCAUCAAUAGCCAACAACAAAAGACGCAGUAGCAGUUUUAAUUUUGUUCUGCCCUCGUUAACCAGUGACUUGGUGUACAAUGACCAUGAUGAAGCAUUGAUUUCUCGGAAAGCAGCUGGUUCCUCUCCAUCCACGUCAUUGGCUGGUUCUCCUGGGGUAACCCGCUCCAAUAGUGGGAAAAAGGGUUUAUUCAGCUCGUUAUCUUCGAAGUUCAAGAGUCUGUCAUCCACGUCACAACAGCAGCACCAACAAUCAGCAACACAGCAGCAUACUCCCAAAUCUCCAUCACAGGCCCCAGUAUCACCAAAAUUGAACCCGAGUUUAAUUGGAUCAGGUGCAAAUCCAAAAAAACACGAAGAUUUGAUAUCCAUGACUGAUAAAUUGCCUGCAGGUAUGGGCAUUCCAACACGCAGGAGAAGCUCAAGUAACUCAAAAUCAGGAGCUGGGCUGUUGUUUAAAGAUUCUUAUCAGGAUGAGAAUCCAAUAAGCUCUUCCCCGAGCGAGAGUAGAGGUUUUUUCAGAAGGAGAUCUUCAGCAGCGCCGCUUUCAAGAACGGCUUCGGCACCUUCAAGACCACAGCGGAUAGUGUUGAACAAAAAUAAGGGUAGAAAGCCUAUUCCUUUGAAAGACUUGAAAGAUGUCAAACUUCGUCGUGUUUCUUUUGCCAUUGAUAAGUUGGAGUAUGAUCCUCAACAACAAAUUCCAUCUAGAAGACCCAAAAAGGGUAAUGUGCUAAUACCACAGGAUCUCAAUGCCCCACCACCUAGACUAUGUUUGGGUAUAGCUUCAAAUGAUGGAAACAAAGACGGCCAGGGACAGACUCCUCAAUAUAGUGAGAGAGAUGUGGCAUUAGCUAUUGAUGCGCAAAAGAGAGCCUUGGCUGAGGCAGAAAAACAUUCAUACGAAGCACAUUUACAAGCUAAAAGAAUCGCUCAAGAAGUGGCAAAUUUCAGACCAUCAAAAUUUAAAUUGAAAGAAGGCGAUGUUGCUGAGGUUGAGGAAGAGGAAGAAGAAGAGAUUGAUGCUAAAGUUAGUCAUCGAAAAUUGGCAAACGAUGCUCAAAUCGAUCAACCAUUGCAUAUACAUGAACAGCAUUUUGAUGACGAACCUAAACAAUUGGGCAAAGAAAUGACGUUGGAGACAAUUUACACCAGAUGUUGCCAUUUGAGAGAAAUCUUACCAAUCCCUGCUACUUUGAAACAAUUGAAAAAUAAGUACGCUCCAUUGGAAGUAUUGAAGAUGCUUAAUCCAAAACCUACAUUGAUUGAUGUCUUGUCAUUUUCUGAUUUUAUUGGCAUCACCCCGAUUAAUGCAGUGAUUUUUGACAAUGUCACAAUGACCACAGAGAUGUUGAAGAUAAUCCUAGGUUGUUUGACUCGAAACAAGGCGUUAGAGAAACUUUCUUUACGCAAUGUUGCCAUUGAUAGCCAUGGGUGGAAGUUACUUUGCGCAUUUUUGGCACAAAAUAAAACUGUCAAGAAGUUGGAUAUUUCGCAACAGCGUAUUAAAUCAGAUGCUAGUCCUGAAUGUAUUAGAGGAAAUUUGAAUUGGAACUUAUUCACCCAGUCAAUUGUGUACCGGGGAGGAAUUGAAGAAUUGGUGAUUAAUGGGUGCAAGUUACCUGAUGAUGCGUUCAACGAGUUGAUCAACAAUGCAGUUAAAAUUGCAACUAGAAGAUUAGGUGUCGCAUCGAUCGAAAUGAAUACAACCAAGGCACAAACUGUGGCCAAUUAUGUCAGCGACCCCAAUGCCAAUUGUGUUGGAGUUGAUAUUGCAUUUAACGAUUUGAGUCAGGGCCAACUAAAACCAUUUAUCGAAGCCUUUAAUCGUGGUAAUGACAAAUUGAUGUUUCUUUCUAUUAACUCAACCCACUUAACUGAUGUAAAUGAGACUGCUGCGUUGUUAAAGAGUUUAAUCAAUGUGAAAAUGUUGCGGUUCUUUGAUAUGAGUUCGAUACCCGAUGUGUUUCCUGAUAUUAUUGCAUCAUUGGCUGAAUAUCUACCUCAAUACUCUAACUUGCGAAGGCUUCAUCUCGAUUUGAAUGAGUUGUCAGCGCAGGCCAUUGGAUCUAUUGCUAUGUUUUUACACAGGGUCCCUAAUUUGGUUCAUCUAUCACUUUUGGGGAACCGAAACCUAAACCAUUCAGCCGCGGCCAAUUUAUAUUCAGCGGUUAAGCAAUCAACAACAUUAUUUGCUUUGGACCUUGAUUAUGAUUUAGUUAGUGAUGAAUUAUCCCAACGGAUUGCGUUUUAUCUCAUGAGAAAUAUGGACAUGUCAUUGAAUACGCAAUAUCCUAUGACAUCAUUGAACAAGGAAGAGGAUCUUAUGUAUGAUGGUUCUUUGUUAAUGGAAACGGCUGAGAAAUUGUUGAGUGAGAUGGAUCAUUCUGAAAAGAAGGAAGAUUACAAGAUUCAACAAAUUGUAUCCAACGCUAUGCUUGAAAGAACGAGGGCAAUUCGAAAGGAAAUUCAUACAGCAAUUGACGAUUUGUUUGCCAAAAGAGCUAGUGGACAGUUGUCUUUUGAAGGCAAGGAAAGCCUUGUCAGGUUUUGUUUACUCGAUUCAUCGUUGGAAAAAAUACUAGACACUUUUGAAGAACAUGCACAAAAGGUAGUAUUAACGGAUGGAGAAUCAGAGCAGCAGCUAAAACCAAUGAAGCAUCAAACUCCAGAAAUCAAGGUUCAUGCUGAGCCCGACUCGUUGCAUCAAAACUCAACCGAGUUAAUCAGUGCCGGUCCUAUAUUGUCACCACGAUCAUCAAGUUUCCAGCCAGUUACAUCAUAUUUCACCUCUAAUGACGUGAAUUUAACUCCUCAUCAAGUUGUUGUUGAAUCCAACGAUGAAGGUAAAGAUGUCAUAAUUGACAAGAUUACUGGACGUCCUGUACUCAUGAGAUCAGCUAGUCAAAGUAGUCUUCAUGCCAAGCAGCAAGAAAUUGAAGAAGGGGAGUUUCACAAACUUGGAAUAUUCAUGCAACUGAGAGAAAACCCAACUGAAGCCAAUAAAGAUAGCGGCAUUCGAAAAGGGAUCCCAUUGUUGAACUCGUUACCUUCUGGCUCAGAAUUGAGAGAUGCAAUUAUUGCUGCUAAAGGUAUAGAAAAUGUCGAUGAUUUGAUCGGUAAGAUUAAUAAUAAUAAAAUUGGUCUUGAAAUUUUGGACAAUGCUAAGAAUGAGGAGGUGAAGGUACAUGCGCAACAGGAACAACAGCUUCUGCAGCAUGACGCUUCCAUAACACCACAGCAAGAUUUCAACCGUGAUGUUAGCUCAGAGGAAUCCAAAGAUGAGGCAUUGAACCCAGUGGUUGAUGAAGUGUAUGACAAGUUGUUGAAUGAUGCUGAACGUGUUAGGCAGAAACAAGAGGCGCAACAUUAA